AUGGAACGUCCUAGAGAAAAGUCUCUCUCCCUCAUUGGUGAAUCCUCAUCGACAUUAGGGAGGGACUACGAGGUGUUCUUGAGCUUCAGAGGGCCCGACACUCGUUUAACCAUCACUGACUCUCUCCACGCGGGCAUGAUCCAAGCUGGGAUACACGUCUUUAAAGAUGACGAAGAGCUCCGUGUUGGGGAAGAGAUCGGAGGCGAGCUUCUGAGAGCAAUCUCUAAUUCGAAAAUCUACAUGCCGAUCUUCUCUAAAGACUAUGCUUCUAGUAAAUGGUGCCUCCGCGAGCUCACGUCCAUGGUGGAGCAUAGGAAGAGAGACGAGAAAGUGAUUUUGCCCAUAUUCUACGAGGUGGAUGCAUCCGAUCUUAAGCUCAAUACCGGAUCUUAUGGUACGGCUUUACAAAAGCAUGAGAGAGAGUCUGGUGAAGACGUGGCAAAGCAAUGGAAGGAGGCCCUAAGAGAGGUCGCUGGAAUCAAGGGAUGGAACUUAAAAGAUCACGGCCAACAUAAACUUAUAGGACUUGUUCUAGAAGAAGUUCUCAAAAAGCUGAGUUAUACACAGAGAAACUGGCAUGAUGACUUGGUAGGUAUUGAUGAUCAAAUGGAAGCCGUUACGGAGUUGCUAGGCCUAGGCACUUUCGAUGUGCGAUUUAUCGUGAUUCAUGGUAUGGGCGGUAUCGGUAAAACAACCCUUGCUAAGGCUAUCUUCAAAAACAUCUCUUCACAGUUUCAAGGUUCAAGCUUUCUUUCAGAUAUUCGUGUAGACAAUAUCCAAAUGGACUUUGACCAUGCUCUUAAACUAUUUAGCAAGCACUCCUUAGAAAGCAACUCACCUCGACAUGAUUACAUCAGUAUUUCAAGUGAAAUUGCCAGAAUUUGUGGAGGACUGCCAUUGGCUCUCGAGGUCAUAGGUUCAUUACUGCACUCAAAAAGCAAGAUGACGUGGAAAGACACGUUGAAGAAGUUGAAGAAAGUGCCCAAUGAGGAUGUCCAGAAAAAGCUGUUGAUAAGUUAUGAAGAAUUAGAGUACGAGCAACGGCAAAUUUUUCUUGAUAUUGCAUGUCAUUGCAUCGGUGAAGAAAGAAUCCCUGCAUAUUACAUGUGGAAAGCUUGUGAGUUUUUUCCAAAAACUGGAUUCAGUGUCCUCAUUCAUUUAUCUUUGAUAAAAGUCAUCGAAGAUGAUAGACUAUGGAUGCACGACCAACUUAGAGAUCUUGGAAGAGAGAUUGUUCGACAAGAAUGCUUUCUAGUUCCUGGAAAACGCAGCAGGUUGUGGUGUUUGACGGAUGCCUUAAAUGUGGUUCAAAAUAACCUGGACAUUGUUGAUUUUGCAUAA